AUGGUCGAAGGUAUCGCUUUUGAUUGGCUCGCAGAGAACUUGUACUGGGUGGACUCCAAUAGUGAUACGAUUGAGGUUGCGCGCUUUGAUGGACGCUUCAGACGAGAACUUAAGAUGAAUGUUACUCUAGACCAACCGAGGGCGCUAGCUCUGGAACCGAAGAGGGGUAACAUGUACUGGACGGACUGGGGUGCUAAUCCGGUCAUCGCCACUGCCCACAUGGACGGUAUGAACGUCACCAUGCUGGUCACCACGGGCAUCUACUGGCCAAACGGUCUGAACAUUGAUGACCAAUCUUCACACAUCUUCUGGACGGACGCCCACUUUGACAGGAUUGAGACCGCUUGGUUGGACGGAUCCAAUCGUGAAGUCCUGCUCGAUCAGAACACCCCGCAUCCGUUUUCAAUCGCUGUUUACAAGGAUAUGAUAUAUUGGGAUGACUGGUCUCAACUGAGCAUUCAGUCAGCUAACAAGUAUACUGGUGCUAAUGUCAGAACUGUAGUUUCUGGUCUGGACAGUGCCAUGGAUCUCAAAAUCUUUCACAAUGCCUCGCAGCAAGGCGUAAACCCCUGCUCCCAGAACAACGGCGGUUGCACCCACCUUUGCAUCGUGAAGCCAGACGCAAGCAGUCUGGACGCCGUGACGAGGGUUUGUGUCUGUCCAGAUGACAUGAGGAUCGUCAUCACGCCCGACGGGAGAGAGGACUGCCAGUGUGAAGCAGGAGAGAAGCUUAACCUCACCACGGGAUAUUGCAUGACUCAGGGAUCCACCUGUAAUCCUGACCAGUUCCGAUGCUUGGACUCUGAUCGCUGCAUUCCUAGCUUCUAG